AUCAAUUAACAAAUCCCAAAAUUCUCACAUUCAAAACUUCAUCCUCACCAUCAAUUCCUCUUUAGCUUUCUAUCUUCUCUCUUCUUGUCUUCAGUCUGAUGCUUUGUUCCUUUUUCGUCUCUUUCUUCAUUUUGGUUAGCUCCAAGAAUGCCUACAAAACAUCUCUUCGAAAAUGCAUGAUUCAACUUUUAUUCCUGAAAAAUCUAAUGCCAGCGAUUAGCAGGAUAUUGAUUUCGAGAUUAGAGAGGGUGUUGGUUUUAGGACAUAAAUUUUGGGAUUGGAGAAGCUUCUAAAUGGGUCAAGGGGAAGCAAUUGGAAGAAGUUGUGGCCAUUAAAAACACAAAGUCUCAGAAAGAAAUGCUAGAAACAGAAAUAAAGAGGGAAUGGUUGACAAACACAUUCAUAGAUGUGGAAGCAAGUCGCUUGCAGUUAGGGUGGAUGAGGCGCAAGAGAUGUUGAGAAUACAAGAUGAGCAUUAUAGCACUCCUAAAGCACAGCCUUUGACCGAAGAGGAGAUAUCUAUGAUGGUUCUUAAGCUGAGAUCUAGCUAUGUAAAGGGACUUGGCAUGAGGCCUUCCUCAUUUCUUAGGACUCCUGCUCAUCUUCCUCAACUCAGUAUAUUCAACAACUCGAGGGUCGAGUAGAAGAGCUCCAGGAUGCAAACUUUAGGCUGGAGGAGAAGAUGGAUUGCAUCAUACAAUAUUUGAAGAGCAAGAGUGACAGUGACAUUUGUGGCAGUGGGGGGAGCUCAUCUACUAACUAGAACACACCUUGGUUAGUGUUUUAUUUUCCUGCCUAAGAGCAUUAGUAUUGGGGUUUGUAUAUGGUAUAUGUUGCUAUAUUUUAGCAUAAAAACACAAAAACUAGCAUUACCCGGUCUCUCAAUUGUAAAAAUUUUUACAUUGUGCUAUAGUAACCUCUUAUAUGUAUGAGGGUACCGUAGCACAAUUGUGUUUUUUGUUUAAUGGUGGUGGUGGCUUUUUUGUUUGUGGUGGUGGUUGGAUUUUUUGUUUAAUGGUAGUGGUGGGUUUUGUGUUAAUGAUGGUGGCUGGAUUUUUUGUUUAUUGUGUGGUUGGGUUUUUUGUGUUUAUGAUGGUUGUUGGAUUUUUUGUUUAAUGUUGGUGGUGUGUUAUUUAUUUAUUGUGAUGGCUGGGUUAUUUGUUUAUUGUGAUGGCUGGGUUUUUUGUUUAUGGUAGUGACUGUGUUUUUGUGUUAAUGGUGGUGACUGUGUUUUUUGUUUAAUGGUGGUGGUUGGUUUUUUGUUUAUAGUGGUGGCUGAGUUUUUUGUUUAAUGGUGGUGGUUGGGUUUUUUGUUUAUGGCAGUGGCUGAGUUUUUGUGUUAAUGGUGGUGGUUGUGCUUUUUGUUUAAUGGUGGUGGUUGGGUUUUUUGUUAAUGGUAGUGGCUGGGUUUUUGUGUUAAUGGUGGUGGCUGUGCUUUUUGUUUAAUGGUGGUGGUUGGGUUUUUUGUUAAUGGUAGUGGCUGGGUUUUUGUGUUAAUGGUGGUGGCUGUGCUUUUUGUGUUAAUGGUGGUGGCUGAGUUUUUUGUUUAAUGGUGGUUGGGUUUUUUGUUUAUGGUAGUAGCUGGGUUUUUAUGUUAAUGGUGGUGGCUGAGUUUUUUGUUUAAUGGUGGUGGGGGGUUUUUUGUUUAUGGUGGUGCCUAUGGUUUUUGUUAGGAAUACAUUCCUACCAGCACAUUGUUAGGAAUAUGAAAUAAUUGUUAUAAUCUGUCUAGUUAGGUAGUUAGCUAGUUGGUUGAGAUUAAGAUGAGUUAGUUAACUAGCCAAUUAUCUUAACCUAUGUGGGCCAAUAACAUUAGCGCUAGUCUCUUAUAAAUACAUGAUUGUAAUUUAACAUUAGAUAUCAAUGAAGAAUUAACCAAUCGCUUAGUGCAUUAGUGCAUCUUUCUCUCUUAAUCUCUUUCUUUCUCUAUGGAGGGUGACUAACUCGAAUUAAGGGAAUUUUUCCACCAUUCUCAUACACUCCCAUACAAUUCCUAUCCAUCCUUGUUAGGAACCACUAAGUUCCUAACACACAUAUGGCGAGUACAGCAAAAAAACUCACACCGGGUACAUCUUGGAUUCUUAAUAAGAUAAAAGAUAUCUGGAUCCAACUUCACCUCCCCUAAUCUCAACACUACUCAAAACCCCACCGCCACAUCUCUCUUGUCCCCUUCCUUGUUAGUUAUUACUCUCUAUCGUCAACUGUUUUGAUAAAUACCACUACCCACAAACUCUCAAUAAAAAGGGUUCAAAAACCCAACAUUUUUCUACACCACCAAAGACCCAGAUUCCAUCAAAACCCUCCAAAAAGUCCUUAACUCUCUCUCACAAACACACCAAUAUAGAGACACAGGCCUUAUUCAUGGCUUUGAUCGCAUCUCCACCAUCCAAUCCCAAACCCCACCAAUUUUCUCCUCUUCACCGUGCAACCCGGCUACCAGGACAAGCUGAAUUAGUCCUUUCCCGUGCCAUGUCCAACACUUCUAUGGUCCUAAAUUCUGGUCACUAUAUUUCAAUGUCUAACAAGCUUUUACUAAACACAAAAUUCUCCAUCCAUCUACGUAAAAAUGCCAAUAGAACUGUCCCGCAUAUAACUAGUGCAGCAUUAGUAGAAGCAGCAGAGCCAAAACCAGAGCCAGAGGCAGCAAAGUUUAGGAGAAUUUUGUUAUCGGACGUGGUCGUGAAUCAUCAAAGGAGAGUCUUUUUUGGGAGGAAAUGGAAUGCUGAUGACUUGGCCAAAGCUUCCGCCGUUUUGGCAAUGCAUUACCUUUGUCUUUUCGCACCAUUUCAAUUCAAUUGGAGUGCACUUUUGGUGGCUGUGGCACUGUGGGUUGUAACAGGUCUUUUUGGUCUUACUUUAUCAUUUCAUAGGAAUCUCUCACACAGGAGUUUCAAGGUUCCUAAAUGGCUUGAGUAUUUCUUUGCCUAUUGUGGUGUUCAGGCACUUCAGGGCAGCCCAUUUGACUGGGUGAGCACACAUAGGUACCACCACCAGUUUGUUGAUUCUGAGAGAGAUCCACAUAGUCCCACUGCUGGAUUUUGGUUUAGUCACAUGAGUUGGAUCUUCGAUACCACUUCUAUGAAUGAAAGGUGUGGAGGACCAAACAAUGUUGGAGAUUUACGGAAGCAGCCAUUCUACAGGUUUCUUGAAAAGACUUACUUUAUUCAUCCAAUUGCACUUGCUGCUCUUCUAUAUGGCUUUGGAGGAUUCCCCUUCCUAGUGUGGGGAAUGGGCGUGAGGGUUGUAUGGAUGUACCACUUCACUUGGCUGGUAAAUUCAGCUGGCCAUGUCUGGGGAAAGCAACGAUGGAAAACUGGCGAUUUGUCUAGGAACAAUUGGUGGUUGGCAUUACUUACAUUUGGAGAGGGGUGGCAUAAUAACCACCAUGCUUUUGAGUAUUCAGCUAGACAUGGCUUAGAAUGGUGGGAGCUCGACUUGACUUGGUAUGUAGUAAAAUUUCUACAAGCUAUUGGAUUGGCAACUGAUGUGAAGGUACCAACAGAGGUUCAGAAGCAAAGGAUGGCCAUUUAAACGUGGGCUUUAUACAUGUGCUUGUAUGAGUGUGAGAUGCUUGGUUAGGCAAUUGAAUUUGGCCAUUUUUUGUUUGUGUCAAAUUUCAUACAGAAUGAUAAAUAUAUUGUGGAUGCUAUAGUUAUUGCAUAACUAGCUUGUAAUUCCAUGCAUAUGUAUGGAUAUACUUAAAAGAUAUACGUUAAGAUGCAUUGUAUAAUUAUUACAUAUAUAAUUUAAAUAUUAUUGAUAGUCGUUCUUAUA